CUACAAAGGCUACUAUUUUAUCUGGGAUGUGUUAACCAGAAUUUUUUUUUUAUGACUAGAUACUUCAGGUUUAGAGAGAGAGAGAGAGGAAAUGCCCUCAUGUCUAUAAAAGGGGAGUGUGACCGAAUCAGUCUUAAGAACAAUAUACAAAAGGGGAAACAGUUGCAUAUGAAAUGUACCGUCACAAAGAACACAGCAGAGGACUUAAUGAAGUAGCAAAACGCCUUCUGAACUUUGAGUCAUAUUAACCAUGGGAACAAUCUUUCUAUCUUCUACAACAAAUCAAACUCAAAAUGAAACUUGUGAUUUAUAUGAACAUAAAGAUUCAGCAAGUAUUUUAUUGCCUAUUUUCUACAGUGUUCUUUUCGUAAUUGCAGUACUUGGAAAUGGACUUGCUCUCAUUGUGAUUGUAAAAAAUAGGAAAAAAAUCAAUUCAACCACUAUUUACUCAACAAAUCUUGUUGUGUCAGACCUUCUUUUUACAACAGCUUUACCUGCAAGAAUAGUAUACUAUGCACUGGGUUUCCAUUGGCCAUUGGGAGAGGUACUCUGUAAAAUUACAGCCCUUUUCUUUUAUAUCAACAUUUAUGCAGCUGUGAAUUUUAUGACAUGCUUGAGUAUCGAUAGAUUUGUAGCCGUGGUUCAUCCUUUAAAAACCAAGUUCAGAAAAGUUAAAAGUGCAACAUACAUUUUUUGCUUUGUGUGGUUUCUUGUAUUUGCCCAAACUCUCCCAUUGCUUACACUACCCAUGUCACACAAAGAAGAAAAAAGGGUGACGUGCAUGGAAUAUCCAAACUUUGAAAAAAUUGAACAACUCCCUCUGAUGCUUCUAGUUGCCUGUUUACUUGGAUAUGUGAUUCCCCUUGGAAUUACAAUAAUCUGUUAUUCAAAAAUCAGUUACAAACUCUGUCAAACUGCAAAGCAAAACCCACUAGCAGAAAAAUCAGGAACAAACAAAAAGGCAAUUAAUACAAUUAUCUUCAUCAUCGUUGUAUUUGUAAUCUGUCUUACUCCUUAUCAUCUUGCCAUUAUUAUAUACAUGAUUAAGAAGCUUGUGCAAGGAAAUAUUCCCUGCAGCCAUCAGAAGAUCUUUCAAAAGACGCUCCAUUAUACUGUGUUCCUGAUGAACUUAAAUUGCUGCAUGGAUCCUUUCAUCUAUUUCUUUGCUUGCAAAGGAUACAAAAGGACAAUAAUGAAAAUACUGAGGCGUCAAGGAAGCAUUUCAGAAUCAAGUGCUGCCAGAACUGUUGCUGAUGAAAGCUCCCGGGAUGUUGGAGACACAAAACUAAUUCCCCUUUCAACAUCUUUAAAUGGAAAAAGGUUAACCCAAGCCCUUUCAUUUUGAACAUGCCUCCAGAAUUUGAUUUCAAAAAUGCUGGAAAUAGCAAGAAUCAUCAUAGCAAGAAAGGCAAAGAAAGAAGAGAGAAAAAUCCAAUUGUACAUU